AUGUGCGUUAAACUUUUACGAUUUGGACUGUUCUUAUCAAGUAAGAUUUGAUACCAUAAUAAAAGUGCCUGAAAUUUGAGCCAUGUUUGAUUGUAUGCAAUAUUAAAAAGCCAUUAACUUUAUUUUUAGUGAUUCAAGAGACUCUAGUAUUCACCAUGACCUCUUCGAAGGGACAUGAAGUCAUCCAUGUGGAUGGGGGCAGAUGUGACCCUCAAGGUUAGUAAUGUGAUCUGAUUGCAGUCUUACACACUGCAAGUAUCUUGCCACUGAUGUACUUAUAAUCCUAAAACCUUAUAUAAAAAUGGUCUGUUUUUUUAUGUAUAGACAGAUUCUUGCUUCUGUGCACUGGACUGAGGCAUCAAACAGAAGACUCCAGUGCAUCUGGUUUAGCUGAUAUCCCAAUGGACUUCAUUGCAAUUACAAAAAUGUAGAUCUCAGAUCCGUGGCUUCGGAGGGCAGUCGGUCGGGAGAAAUAAGUGGUAAGCCGGCUAAAUCUUUUCUUUAUUAAAUGCUGUUUUGGUGCUAGGAUUGUUGGACAUAAGUCUUCCUAGCACUGUAACUGGCUACUGCUACAUUUAGGAAUUGAUCUUUCUGGCUAAAAUGCUAGAACAGAUAUCGUGCAAAGACGUUUAUUUUUAAAUGUUCUAUAUCUGUACAGUUAAACAUAUCUGGGAGAACUAUUGAUCUGCAAGACUAUGAUGAUAUAUAAAAUUUCUGACACCUCGUAUGAGUAUUGCUUGAGCAGUACCUGAUUUCUCUUUGUAUCUGAAGUUCUUGCACACUUUUAAAUUUUAGUAUUUAUGCUUAUUUGAAUGUGGACUUGUCCACUUAAAGCCUUUCUCAAUUUUUUUUUUAAGGUUUCCAGUGGAGAUCAGUCAGGCUUAUCAGAGGUAAGACUAUUGAAGACCGUGCAUGGGCUUAAACUGUUCUCUUCCCUGUGUGAGCCACUGAUGAUUCCUUUUUAAAUAUUUUCUGACACCUCAUCUGAGUGCUUUAUGCAUUUGCUGAUGACUUAUAUCUGAGGCUCUAAAACAACUUUUUUUUGUUAUAAAACUUAAAUCUCCAACAGAAUGUGUCUAAUGUCUGUAGAAGUGUGGUCUUAGUGAGUCACAACUGAUGUUCAGGGAAUGCCAAACUGCCCAGUAACAAUUGCUGCAUUCACCAGAGCAAAUAAAGUUCUGACUUAACUUCAAACUAAAUUUUGGCCUCUUCGGGUUGUUGGACACAGUCACAAUCUGCUCAACUGUGUAAAACUUUCUUACCGAGGCAUUAACUAUAAAAGAUCUGAUAGUGUUAUAAAAUAACUUUUUGUAAUUUUUUUUUUUUUAAACUUUGUAAUUGACUUGUGCAAAAAUCGGUCUGAGCCAGUCUGUCCAAAUCAAUCCUUUAAUCCACGCCAGGACAAAUCGACUUUAUAUGUGGAAUAAAAUUUUGUUAUGGACUAAAUGGCUCAAAUUGACUUUUGCUCAAGUCUUUGUUCCCUGACUUUUUUACAUAAAAGUGUAUAAUGUAUUUCCUGUCUUCUUAAUAUAGAUAAGUCUUGCUGUAAAUGUAAUCCCUUGUCAUUUGUACAAAUGGCAAACCCUGCACCGUUUCUCUAUAUAUAUUGACCCUUGUGUAACUAAAUGAAGCAGCAUUGACUAGAUAAGACAUUAUUGCUUCUGUAGAAGGGCUGCAUCACUGUUCCUGACAUGCACAUGACUUUAUAUAUAUUUUUUUUCUUCAGGAAGUGUUUAA